GUCGUCGAGCUUUCGCGUUUGUUGGGCAAGGUGCGAAGUCACCUGCGCGCAUGCCACGGUGAGGUUACAACCCCUACAUGGGUGGUGCACUUGCAACUUGCCGCCUUUGGUCUCGUGGCAGUACCUCCCUUGUUCAGCAUACGAUUCCACGACGGUAAGCACGACACAAGUGCAAAUCGCGCGUUUGAGCAUGUAUCCAAGCAUGCAACUCGGACAUAAAUAGAGUCCUGUCACAGUCGCCUGAACGUCUCUCACCGCCGACCUCUUUGCGCAGCUGGCCUGCCUCAAUCCUAUUCCUUCGAUUCCAUCAUUCAUUCGAUGCGGGGGCGCAUAUGACCCUUGUCCUAUAAUCCAGCUGCCCCUAUUCCCAGCGGUGCAGGAAAAGCGCCUUCACAGCAGCGAGCGCUUGACCCCUUCGCCUUGCUGGAUCCUCUGUCCUCAUUGGAACGAUCAUGCGAAGUUCGAUGAGCCUGGCAUGGCUAGCCAUGAUGGCAAUGCUAUCGACCCAACGAAGUCUCGCUGAACACCACAUGAGUCGCCCUGUGGUUUCCCGCCAGAACUCGGGCUCCGAUGUAUCCUUGACGAUCUCCAACUGGUGUGCUGAGACCAUCUGGCCUGGAAUCGUGACUCAAGGCGGACAUGGUCCAACGGCCACAGGCUUCGAGUUGAGUCCCCGAGCCAAUCGGACACUCCAGGUUGGCGGUGAUUGGCAGGGUCGCGUUUGGGGCCGAACAAAUUGCACUUUCAACAGUGGUCAGAACAAGGCCAGCUGCACAACUGGCGAAUGCGGACAGCUCGUGUGCCAUCAAGCAGGCAAUCCGCCAGCGACAUUGGCAGAGUUCACCAUGAACGGGGGGCAAAGUCAGACCUUCUACGACAUCAGUCUUGUAGACGGCUACAAUCUACCCAUGGCCAUCGUUCUCCUCCCAAAUGGCGGGAGCACAUCCAGCGGCAGUGCGUCCAACCCGUCUUGCGUUGGGAGCUUGCAGGGCUUCGUUGCUUCGUCAAGCUACAAUCCCUACAGCAACGGCCAGGUUUUCCUUGGGACAACUUCUUCGGACCCGCUGCCAUUCGACAAGGAGGUCACUGCCUCAAGCUUAUCAAGCUGGUGUCCCUGGGACCUACAGGUCGCACCGCCGCUCGCGCCCGGCGAUGGCGUCUAUCCUUACCCUGAGACGAACAUACAGCGACCAGCUUUCGCUCCUUGUCUGUCAGCUUGUGCCAAAUACAACAGCCCACAAUAUUGCUGCACUGGGCAGUACGAUGGACCACACAAGUGCGCCGCAAACUAUUAUGCCAAGGCCGCGAAGGAUAUCUGUCCGGAUGCUUAUUCCUACGCCUAUGACGAUCAAGACAGCACGUUCAUUGUGCCGACUGGCGAUAGCUUUCAGGUCAUCUUUUGUCCUGGUGGUCGGAGCACAAACAUCAUUGCGUCGAAAUGAGUCGAUCUCAAGAUGGUGGAUCUGAACAUGUACUCUGAUGACUUCGAUAAACUGCUCAGCAGCUGUAUGAGAUCGCAGAUAGCUUCAAUCGGAUGAUAGACGGC